UCACACCCAAACUAGCACGGAUAAAGUCAAAACCCUCGGGCUCAAACCCUUACCUUAGCAGCACAUCCCUUCCCUUCCCGCCGCCGCCGCUAUAUGCUUGUGUGCCUCCGGCGAGGCCUCUCGCUCCUCCGGCAGCACCCGCCCCGCUCCCUACCCCCGCUCCUGCCUCGCCCCGCUCGCCUCCUGUCCCUCUCCCCUCUCCGCCUUUCCACCGCGGCGAUGGCAGGAGAUAAGUCCGCCGCCGGGAAAGAUGCGAAGGGGAAGGCGUCGGCUCCGCCCCCGACCGUCGUGCCCGACGGGGCAUACCUGGAGGCGGUGACGCAGAAGAGGAUCCGCCUCUUCGAGGAGAUUCAGUCCAGGCAGGCCCUCGAGCGCCUCAACAUCGGCGGCGAGCCCAUCAAGAUAAUUCUGCCCGACGGCGCAGUUAAGGAAGGCAAAAAGUGGAUAUCAACCCCAAUGGACAUUGCUAAGGGGAUAUCAAGUGGGUUAGCAGCUAGCUGUUUGAUAGCUCAAGUGAAUGGAAUACUCUGGGAUAUGGAGAGGCCAUUGGAAGGUGACUGUGACUUGAAGUUGUUUAAGUUUGAUAGCAAUGAAGGGCGUGACACAUUCUGGCACUCGAGUGCUCAUAUUCUUGGAGAAUCUCUAGAGAGGGCGUACGGCUGCAAGCUGUGCAUUGGGCCUUGUACUACGAGAGGGGAGGGUUUCUACUAUGAUGCUCACUACAAUGACGUGACACUGAAUGAUACACAUUUUGGUCUCGUUGAGAAACAAGCUCAAAAGGCUGUUGCGGAAAAGCAACCAUUUGAACGCAUUGAAGUCUCCAGGGCUGAAGCUCUUGAAAUUUUUGCCGAAAAUCAAUUUAAGGUUGAAAUCAUUAAUGAAUUGCCCGAGGACAAGACCAUUACAGUGUACAGAUGUGGUCCUUUAGUCGACCUUUGCCGUGGCCCCCACAUACCAAAUACUUCUUUUGUUAAAGCGUUUGCUUGCCUCAAGGCUUCAGCAUCAUAUUGGAGGGGGAAAGCAGACCGUGAGAGCCUACAGAGAGUAUAUGGAAUUUCUUUCCCUGAUUCUAAACGUCUCAAGGAAUAUCAACAUAUGAUAGAGGAAGCUAAGAAGCGUGAUCAUAGGUUAUUAGGGCAGUCUCAGGAACUCUUCUUUUUCCAUCCACUUAGCCCAGGAAGCUGCUUCUUCCUUCCACAUGGUGCUAUAAUAUAUAACAAAUUGAUGGAUUUUUUGCGAGGGCAGUAUAGAGAGAGAGGCUACCAAGAGGUCUUGAGUCCAAACAUUUACAAUAUGCAACUUUGGGAAACCUCUGGACAUGCUGCAAACUACAAGGAGAACAUGUUUGUUUUUGAGAUUGAGAAACAAGAAUUUGGCCUUAAGCCAAUGAAUUGUCCUGGUCAUUGCCUAAUGUUUGACCACAAGGUCCGUUCAUAUAGAGAGUUACCUCUCCGCAUGGCUGAUUUUGGAGUUCUGCACAGAAACGAGCUUAGUGGUGCACUUACAGGUUUGACACGUGUCAGAAGAUUCCAGCAGGAUGAUGCCCAUAUAUUUUGCACAGAGAGCCAAAUCAAGGCUGAAGUUAGGGGUUGUUUGGAUUUCAUCGAUUACGUUUACGGAAUAUUUGGGUUUAAGUAUGAAUUGGAGUUAUCAACGAGACCAGAGAAAUACUUAGGUGACAUCGAGACCUGGAACAAAGCAGAGCAACAACUGACAGAAGCCCUGGAUGAGUUUGGGAAACCAUGGAAGAUCAAUGAAGGGGAUGGUGCUUUCUAUGGUCCAAAAAUAGAUAUUGGUGUGUUUGAUGCCCUCAAGAGGAAAUUUCAAUGUGCAACCCUACAGCUCGAUUUUCAGCUGCCCCUUCGCUUCAAGUUGAGUUACUCGGCAGAGGAUGAAGCCAAGCUUGAGAGGCCUGUGAUGAUACACAGGGCAAUACUGGGAUCAGUUGAAAGGAUGUUUGCCAUUCUUUUGGAGCACUACAAUGGAAAAUGGCCAUUGUGGUUAAGCCCUCGCCAAGCCAUUGUUUGCUGUGUGUCUUCCAAUUCCUUAGAAUAUGCAAAAGAGGUUCAUGCUAAGAUACAUGCAGCUGGUUUUCAUGUUGACAUCGAUAUGACUGAUAGAACAAUUCAAAAGAAGGUACGAGAGGCUCAAUUAGCCCAAUUCAACUACAUUCUUGUCGUAGGUGCAAAAGAGGCUGAGACUGGAAAGGUCGUCCUUAGGGUACGAGACAAGGCAGAACUAUCCACAGAAAGCAUUGCUGACGUCAUCACACGUUUUAGUGAUGAAAUAGCUUCUUUCCAGUGAUUUAGAUUUCACGUCCUCGCUGCAUGUACACCCAGUUUGUAGUUUUGAUGCAGUCUGAAGUGAAUAACACAGAAUCGUGCUAUCUUUGUAACGUUGUCAAAAGCAUACCUGAUUGUCUUUCAUUAACUAGAAAGUGUGGUACUCUUUCCAACCUUUAUCAAAAUGUCAUCGCAACCUUCUGUGAACAA